CGUCUGGGCUGAUAAAUCACCGAUAUAACGGGCACGGUAUGUGAACACACUGCACCUAGACGACAGACCUUCUUUAACUCACAACGGAAGAAACACUGAAGAAGUUAAGACUUCUUAACUGAAGAUCAUGCCUCUGAUGCUACUGCUGGUGUUGGUGUGCCAAACCAUGGCGUCACCACGACUCUCAGUAUCAGACCCCUGUGUUCUGGAACUAGAGGAGUUGAGACGUGAUGUCCGUAUUCUGGAGAACAAACUGCUGAUCGGGGCAUGGCAGCUCAACCAUGUCAAGACACACAGCUACAUCAUCACCCCCCCACUAUCCAGUAACUCCAGCACCAACCUAACAGAGGAAUACAGGACAGGAGCCGUAGCAUCUCUACCUCCAGCAGGAAGCCUCAUCGUACAUGACAAAGGAAGUCUUGCUGACCCUAGUGCAGCUUCUAUCUGUGACAUGGAAGAUGGAGGGGGAUGGACUGUUAUACAGCGACGGAGACAUGGCAGGGUUGACUUCAACAGAGACUGGGUGGACUACAGAGACGGGUUUGGAGACUUUAAGCUGUGGAAUGAUGAAUUCUGGCUGGGCAACGAACACAUCCAUUCUCUGGUGAAGGAAG